CCCAAUCCAUCUGGGGGGGGAGAGAGAGAGAGGGGAAAGGAAGCUGCUCUAGCCAGAGCCAGCACAGCAGGAGCCUUGCCCCGCCCGUCUCCUCCUCCGAAGAAGACGAUCCUCCCUCCGCCUUCAGCCCAGCCAUGGGCGCGCAGGAGGAGCUGCGCUACCUCUCCGGGCUGGGCAACACCUUCUCGUCGGAGGCGGUGCCGGGGUCGCUCCCCGUCGGCCAGAACAGCCCGCUGGUGUGCCCGCGGGGCCUCUACGCCGAGCAGCUCUCCGGCACCUCCUUCACCACCCCGCGGGCCCAGAACCUGCGCACGUGGCUCUACCGGAUCAAGCCAUCGGUGACCCACGAGCCCUUCCACCCCCGCCCCGCCCAUGCCCGCCUCGUCGGGGAGUUCGACCGCUCCACCACCGCCGCCACGCCCACGCAGCUGCGCUGGAGGCCGCCCGAGGUGCCCCUGGACCCGCCCCUCGACUUCAUCGACGGCCUCUACACCGUCUGCGGCGCCGGGAGCUCCUUCCUCAGACACGGAUACGCCAUCCACAUGUACGCUGCUAACAGGUCCAUGGACGGAUGCGCCUUCUGCAACGCAGACGGUGAUUUCCUCAUUGUUCCCCAGCAAGGAAGGUUGUUGAUCACAACCGAAUGUGGAAAGAUGCUAGUUUCACCUGGCGAAAUUGUUGUGAUUCCUCAAGGCUUCCGCUUUGCCAUUGACUUGCCUGAUGGCCCCUCACGAGGCUAUGUUUCUGAGAUUUUCGGCACCCACUUUCAGCUCCCUGAUCUUGGCCCAAUCGGUGCCAAUGGUUUGGCUUCACCAAGGGAUUUCCUUUCCCCCACAGCAUGGUUUGAGCAGGUCCACCGCCCUGGAUACACAAUAGUGCACAAGUACGGUGGUGAACUAUUCACUGCCACGCAGGAUUUUUCUCCGUUCAAUGUGGUUGCAUGGCAUGGGAAUUAUGUCCCAUACAAGUAUGAUUUGAGUAGGUUCUGCCCAUUUAAUACGGUCCUAUUUGAUCAUGGUGACCCUUCAGUAAACACAGUCCUUACCGCGCCAACUGAUAAGGCUGGCGUCGCAUUACUUGAUUUUGUAAUAUUCCCACCUAGGUGGUUGGUUGCUGAAAAUACGUUCCGCCCUCCAUACUACCAUCGCAACUGCAUGAGUGAGUUCAUGGGCCUGAUUUAUGGGAUAUACGAGGCUAAGGCUGAUGGUUUUCUCCCCGGAGGUGCUAGCCUUCACAGCUGCAUGACACCACAUGGACCAGACACCAAGACAUACGAGGCAACGAUCAGCCGCGCCGAUGCCAAUGAGCCAUUCAGGCUCAGCGGUACGCUGGCGUUCAUGUUCGAGUCUUCGCUCAUCCCUCGUGUGUGCAGGUGGGCUCUUGAUUCGCCAUGUCGAGACCUUGAUUACUACCAGUGCUGGAUUGGAUUGAAGUCCCACUUCUCACAUGAUAAUGGAGCCACAGCCAGCGAGCCUGCUGCAAGUCCAUAGUCGUGUUGUGUAAAAGGCAGAAUAAUAGAGACCCGAGCUAGGGUGGUCAUAAUCUGUAUGUAAUAAUAAGCUGCAGUAUGUAGAAUAGAAUACUGUAACAGAAGCAAGCAAGCAAGCAAAGCAGUUUGCAUCUGCAGGUAGAUAGAUAGAUUGCACAUAAGAAUGAUUGAUGUUUUAUGUCUCAAGUAAGCAAGCAAUGGCUCCUUUGGUGUUUUUGUGGUGC